GUUCCCUUCCUUUCCGCAGGCGAUGGCGUUCUAGGCGGCUUGGGAAGUUCAACAAGGCCGCCUAAAACCGGGCCAAGCGAUGGUGGUUUUGAUGCAGGGAAGACAACUGCUGUUGUUCGGGCCAACGACGUUGCUGUCGUCGCCUCCCCCACUGCUUCAACAGCCGCAGCUUCCUCCUCGGUCGUCGGCUCUUGCUCGUCGUCCGCCGUCACAGGUCGGACCGGUAGCUGCUGCUCCUCUGUCAUGUCUCCGUCCAUAGCCUCCUCCUCCAUCACCGGUUCUGUGUCGCUCCCUUCGACGGUGACUUCCACCGCUUCGUCGGUCUCGGCGGACAUUGGUGGUCGCUCGUCGUCGGCGAUUCGGGUCACCGUCUCUGCUUGCACGAUCGGCGACUCUUCGGAGCUCCAACGGCGUCCGAUGCGGCGAGCACGGUCACGCAGCUCUGUCCACGACAGGUUCGAGAGCUUUGAAGAGCUCAUCGUCGAACCAGUUGUAGAAAUCGUCCCCGGUUGAGAGUUGUGGUGAACUCAAUUCUCGAAACCGGGCUCUGAUACCAGAUGUAGGAAACAAAGUUUCUACGGAUUGGGGAUUUGGGGAAGAACAGAAUUAGGAAUUAGGGAUUGA